AUGGGAAACACGCAGGAGCCAGAAUUUCCUAUCCAACUGAACCUUGGACCUGCUAUUCGCCAGUUUUUCUAUUCACAGCUCUUCGUGACUCCUCGUUACCCUACAAACUCUUUCGCUGGGAAGACGGUUAUAGUCACCGGUUCCAAUGUCGGGCUAGGCUUGGAGGCCGCUCGUCACUUUUAUAGACUCAACGCCGCGAAACUAAUUCUUGCUGUCCGCACCGUCUCAAAGGGCCAGGCCGCUAAGGAGGACAUUCUCAGGAGUGUCACGGCACGAAGUGAUGCCGAUGCCAUCGAGGUCUGGCCACUUGAUCAGACCAGCAACCAAUCCACUCUCGAGUUCUGCGAGCGAGUCCAGAAAGAGUUGCACCGUGUUGAUGCCGCGGUACUAAAUGCCGGCAUUAACACCAAAGAGUUCAGGAUAGUUGAUGGUUAUGAGCAAGUCACACAAGUCAAUGUACUCAAUACGUUCUUGUUAGCUCUGUCGCUGCUCCCAAAGCUUCGGGACACCAAGGCAGAGUUUCCCGAUGCGACGCCUCACUUGACCAUUGUGAGUUCGGAGGCGCAUCGGCUUAGCAAAUUCGACGAAAUCAAUGCUGCGAGCUUAUACGAGCAGUUAAACAACGAGGUCUCAUACAGCCAACAACCAAGAUACCAAGUCACCAAGCUUCUCGAGGUUCUCUUGGUCCGCGAAAUCGUCGCCCGCCUAAAGCACAAUUCCAAUUAUAUGGCGCAUCACAUAACUAUCAACCUGGUGAAUCCUGGCCUCUGUUACAGUGCUAUUAAUCGUAGCGGUGUUAAGCCUCCGCUCUUGGUCCGUCUCGCCUACAAGAUGCUUGCGCGCACAGCUGAAGUGGGCGGCCGGUGUCUUGUGCUGGCCGCCGCUGCUCCAGAUAAUUCGCAGGGUGAAUGCCAGAGCGAUGGAAAGAACCAAGAUGUUGCGCCUUGGAUUUAUACCAGUUUGGGUGAGAAGGCGCAGAAGAAAGCCUGGGAACAAACAGCGGUGGUCUUGGAAGAGAGGAAACCGGGUAUCUUGAAAGCCGCAGGACUGUGA